AUGCCUGUCAUUAAUUAUUAUAAUAAGCCACAUGAUUGGACAGUAGCCGUCAUUAAGCCUGAUGGUAUGAAACACCAAAAAGAAAUUUUAAGUAUAAUCCAAGAUAAUGGGUUCAAGAUUAUUCGUGACAAGAUAUUGCAUAUUUCUCGAGUUCAAGUUCGUGAAUGGUAUGCAGAUAAACAAAAUGAGCCCUAUUAUCCUGAUUUAGAGGCUUACUUGACAAGGGAUAAAAUACGUGUACUCCAACUUGAACGACCAGAGGCUAUUGAAUCUUUACGACACUUGAUAGGACCAACAGAUCCUAAAAAGGCUCAAAAAUUAGCUCCUAAAUCUAUUCGAGCUUUAUAUGGUACAAAUAUUCAAGAGAAUGCAAUUCAUGCAAGUGAUUCAAAGAUAUCAGCUGAAAAGGAAUUUAGUCUACUCUUUUAA